UCUGCUCACUUCAACCAGGGCCCUGCCUAUGGGUUGUCUGUUGAGGUUGAGAACAAGCUGGCCCAAAAGUGUGACCACGAGCAGGAGCAGGAUCUCCGAGAAUGGAUCGAGGGGGUGACAGGGCACUGCAUUGGCCACAAUUUCAUGGGUGGCCUCAAAGAUGGCAUCAUUCUUUGCAAGUUCAUCAGUAAGUUCCAGCCAGGCCCCAUGAAGCAAGUCGGUGAGUCAACCCAAAAUUGGCACCAGCUAGAAAAUAUUGGCAACUGCAUCAAGGCCAUCACCAAGUAUGGGGUAAAGUCCCAUGACAUUUUUGAGGCCAACGACCUGUUUGAGAAAACCAACCACACCCAGGUGCAGUCCACCCUCCCAGCCCUGGCGAAGACGAAAGGGAAUAAGGUGAAUGUAGGGGUGAAGUAUGCAGAGAAGCAGGAACAGAAAUUUGAGCCAGAGAAGCUAAGAGAAGGGCAGAAUAUCAUCGGGCAACAGAUGGGCACCAACAGAUUUGCUAGCCAGCAGGGCACGACGGCCUAUGGCACCCCAUGCCACCUCUGUGACCCCAAGCUGGGCAAGGACCAGCCCCUGGACCAGGCCACCAUCAGCCUGCAGAUAGGCACCAACAAGGGAGCCAGCCAGGCUGGUCUGACUGUACCUGGGACCAAGCAACAGAUCUUUAAGCCUGGGCUGGGCAUGGAGCACUGUGACAUGCUCAACGUCAGCCUGCAGAUGGGCAGCAACAAGGGGGCCUGGCAGCAGGGCAUGACAGUGUAUGGGCUGCUGUGCCAGGUCUCUGACCCCCCAAACUGCCUAAGGCCUGAAUACUCAGAGCUGGGCAAGCCUGCCCAUGACCACCACCCACACAACUGCUACAACUCAACCUGGGGCCCUGGGCACCCCCCACCCUGCCUCCCCUCCAGGGAGGCCAACUGCUGCUCUCAGCAGGGGUGA